CGCUCGUCGCUCGAUCAUCUUGUUUAUAUUUCGUUUUUCGCAAGAAAAUUAAAGAAAAUGUCAGGACGUGGAAAGGGAGGAAAAGUCAAGGGAAAGGCGAAGUCCCGUUCGAGCCGUGCCGGUCUUCAGUUCCCCGUCGGCAGGAUCCAUCGUCUCCUCCGUAAAGGAAACUACGCCGAACGCGUCGGUGCCGGAGCUCCCGUCUACCUCGCCGCCGUCAUGGAAUAUCUGGCCGCCGAAGUUCUCGAGUUGGCAGGAAACGCCGCCAGAGACAACAAGAAGACCAGGAUCAUUCCCAGACAUUUGCAGUUGGCGAUCAGGAACGACGAAGAGUUGAACAAGCUCCUUUCCGGAGUGACGAUCGCCCAAGGCGGCGUUCUGCCCAACAUCCAGGCGGUCCUCUUGCCCAAGAAGACCGAAACCCUUCAACGCCCCCAAAUCCAAGGAAACGUGCUUUUGACAAAGUCUGGCACGACGGCCUAAUCCAUAAACUAAUCUCCCUAAAACUCAACCCCGCCUUCAUCCUACUCAUGGACUCAUUCCUAUCCAACAGAUCCUGCAAUGUAAAAAUCUCGA